GUUGAUGAAUUUGAAGUGAUGCUACCGAGAGGCGCAUCUGCCCGCUGAUGAUAAACAGAUCUCCCCUGACGUGCGUGCUUUAUUAUUUCGGUUUAAUCUGCGCUAAAAUAGCGAGCGUCACCGAUGCGUUUACCGGGGAAAAGAGGAGCUUUAAAAGCAUGAGAUAUUAAAGAAAAACACCGAGGAAGGACGGCGGCUUACAUCAGCGGCGGCUGCGCCCAUGGCGGGUCCCGCAUUCACGGGAGCGCACGGGACCUGGAUCACCGCUCGGCUACGGGAGAACGCGUCCUCUUCUUCAUCGUCAUUAUCAUCGGUAUCGACCGCGUCCGCGGAGAAACCGCGCAAACGGAGAGCGUUUAAUCUGGUUAAACUGCGGCAACCGGCCGCCCCCGGUAACAACAACACACCGUUUGUGAUCUCCGGUCAUAUCAAGCACAUCUGCAGUAACUGCAGCCGCGGGAAUGAGAUCCGGGACGAGGGCGCUGAGCGUCUGGCGGCGAUGCGCUCGGAUUCUCUGGUGCCUGGGACACACACACCACCGAUCCGCCGGCGCAGCAAACUGGCCAGUCUAGGACGACUCUUCAAACCAUGGAAGUGGAGAAAGAAAAAGAGUGACAAGUUCAAGCAGACAUCUGCUGCUCUGGAGAGGAAGAUGUCGACACGUCAGAGCAGAGAAGAGCUCAUCAAAAGAGGAGUGUUGAAAGAAGUGUAUGAGACGGAUGAGGUGAGUGUUGACAGCGUUCAUGUGUGUGUGAGUGAUCUGGAUAGACAGACGGUCAUCAGUCCGGUAUCAGAAUCUACAAACACCAGCAUCUGCGGUACAGUUUCGUUCUCAGAGGUCCAGUCGCCUGGAGAAACAGUGACGUGUCUCACUGAUCUCGUCUCAAAGCCAUCUCAAGCCCCGCCCUCUGUCAAACCUGUGCCGUUGCCAAGUGACAGCGCUGACAUCACACACAUAAGGCCAUCAUCAUUAAAACAGCCUCCUGCCUUACCGCCGAAGCCAUACAGCAGAAUACCCAACCACCUGACAGAAACACUUGCUAAACUGUCUCCACCUCUCCCUCCGAAGAAAGUGAUGAUUUGUGAGCCAACGUCUUCGUUUGCUCUCAAAUGUCUGCCGUCACAGGCCACACACACGCACACACACACUCUCACACACUCUCACCCACAGCAUUAUGCUACACUACCCCUGUCUAUACACCCGCCCAGCCGCAUCAUAGAAGAACUCAAUAAAACACUGGCGUUCACCAUGCAGAGAAUAGAGAGUUCUGUACUGCAGGCGGUUCCGUCGGUCCUCAUGGAGACUGAAGAAGAGAAAGAAAACAGAGACUCACCAGUCAACACACACACACUCCUCACACACACCUUCAGCACACACACACACGAGGAAGAAGACGAGGAAGAUGAUGACGACUCGCUGUUUACAAGUACACUGGCUCUACGGAUCUUACGGAAAGAUUCGCUGGCGAUCAAACUGAGUAAUCGACCGUCCAAAAGAGAACUAGAGGAUAAAAACAUCCUGCCAAUGAUGAGUGAUCAGGAGAGACUCGAGUCCAGGCAACAGAUCGGCACCAAACUCACUCGUCGACUCAGUCAGAGACCAUCAGCGGAAGAACUAGAACAGAGAAACAUCCUCAAACCUCGGAAUGAACAGGAGGAGUUGGAAGAGAAAAGAGAAUUAAAAAAAAGACUCUCACGGAAGUUGAGUCAGAGGCCGACCGUAGAGGAGCUCAGAGAGGCGAAGAUUCUCAUCCGCUUUAGCGAUUAUGUAGAAGUUGCGGAAGCUCAGGAUUACGACCGUCGAGCGGACAAACCCUGGACACGACUCACUGCUGCAGACAAGGCUGCCAUACGUAAAGAACUCAACGAGUUUAAGAGCACAGAGAUGGAGGUGCACGAGUCGAGUCGACAUCUAACCAGAUUUCAUCGACCGUAGCGGAAACUAUGAUGGAACCAGUGAACGCUUUUUUUUAGGAGCUGUUAAACUUUAAUCAGAUGCAUUGAUCUAAGACUAAAGAGAGACUAGUGCGAAUUUUGAUCAGGAAUCACCACGGAGGAAAGUCUCACUGAGCCCAUGCUCACCCUCCAGGAAUAUUGCCCUGCGUACACCGGCCAAUUCACAGUGGAAAGAUUUUAAGAUUGACGUCAAUGGGGCCAGUGUGUGUGUGUGUGUGUGUGUGUGUGUGUGUGUGUGUGUGUGUGUGUGUGCGAGAAAGAGAGCUGUUUUGUGCGGAUGAUAUACAUGUAUAUUCUAAAACAUAACAUUUAAAAACUGAAUUAUAUGUGUUUUCGCCAUUAAUUUUUAUUUUCCCGAAUUACAGUUUUUAAUGCAACAGAUAACGUGGUGGAUUUUCUAAAUAAUUCAUCUUUUAUUUCUGCUCUCAAAACACAGAAACACAACAGAAAAGACUUUUAUACAGAGUACAACUUGUGUUAUUACAAGCAAAAUUACAAAUAUCUGUCUUUUAAUUCACAGUUUUCUGUUCUACUGCAUUUUUGGAGUCACAAAACCAUGUUACAACUUCAAAAACUUCUAUCGUGACACGCCCACAUUACACCGACCAAUCACAGUGGAGGAGAUCUUGACGGAUGUGACAGGACAAAGCAAUAAUGCGUUAAAGCCUUGAUUGUAUUCUUGAUGUUUUUGUCUGUUUAUUGCUCUUUUGUCUCUGCGGUUAAACACCCUUCACUCUGAUAAACAAGCGUUUGGCUGAAGUUUGCUAAGUAGGGUGUAGGCCGUUUUGUUUGGAGCACACCCUUUAAACUCUGCCUGAUCUACAGGGCGUCAUGUUGCCAAAAUGAAACCAAAACGGGCGUUCAUAUUCAAGAGGGACGAAACAAUCAGUGUUAUUAUUAUUUUUUUUUAUAUAUAAUUUUAUUCUCAGUGAUCACACAGAAAUUGCAACAACAUGUGACAAAAAUGUUUUGUUAAUAUUUAUAAAUAUUUUUAAAUGACUUUUAUACUUAAACACAUUGGCAGGGCAUUGAACAUUAAAGGAAAAACCAAAAUGAAAAUUAACGUUAUUAUUAAUGUCGUUCCAAACCCAUAUGCUGUCAUUUGUGUUGGACUUUUGGAGCUUAACAGCUGAAGUCACUAUGAGCUGUAGUUUUAUAGGAAAUUUCUCCUUUUGUGCAUACGAGUUUGAAACGACAUGAACAUAACGACAGAAUUUUCACAUUUAAUUUAAGUGUUUAACACACAGAAGAGCAAAAGUCAUGUUUUGAAUGAUUAAGAUGUGUUUUCCGUUUACAGUUCUUUAACGUCGCUCUCUUGCGCUGCUGCUAUUAGCUCAGAAACCCGCAAAGAGAGCGCAUGUGCAUGUCAUGUGACUGUCACUCUGGGAUUAUGUAUGCAGAUCCUCGAGUAAAGAAACGUAAUAAAAACAAACCGCGA